AAGGCGCGUGGGUGUCUCUGGCAUGUUGACAGACAGCCUCCUACCCUACCUAGCUGGAUCUGUGACUCCAGUUUUCACAGGCCUGCUAGGGUAUGAGGUGUUCCUUCUCAGCUUCCACAUCUGGGACUAUGAGGUUGGUCUAGAGACCUAGGAACUUGGGUCAGCCCGAGUAGCUGAUGCUUUCCUCUGUGAUGGGCCGGUGUUGGAGAAGCAGCAGGAGAUGGCAGAGCAGGCUAGAGCUGGGCUUUCUUAGUUUCUCAGCCUGCUUCCCUGAGGGGAUACAACUCUAGGAAGAAAGAGAAGUUGGCCAUGGGCAUGGCUGUCCCUUUCAGUAUAGUGUUGAGGUGGCUAGGGGCUUUUGCCCUGAUUUUCAGUUAAUGGAAAUGACUUAGCAUAUGCUCUGUCCCUUGCCCUCUUGGGUCUCUGGAAUGUGAGCCAGUUCUGGAAUCCACCCCAUGGAAGGGGUGGUUCCCAUUGUAGCCCAGCCCCUUCCUGGUCCAGGGCAUCAUAUACCUGAGUGCUUUGAAAUCAGAGCUAUUGUGGGUCCAAGACUGCAGUUCAUCUUGAGCCAUCUUAGGCCCUCAGUCUGGACUGAAUCUCACUGACUCGGGACAUUUUAUUCACAGCCCAGGUAAGUCCAAGGGGCUUGGCUGAGCCAGAGACUGCAUGGAAAUAGAAUCUUUCCAGCCUUGCAAUGACAUCACUGUCUCCAUACACACUGGAGAAACACGGGAGUGUGUCAGGAUGCAGGCCAAUCCUGGGUGCCAGAUCUAGUUGGUUACAGACAUGCUGUGACUUGGUAUUGGUUGGUGUUACUCUGGGACAUUCCUGUCUCGAGGUUUUCUGCUUUUGUCAUGGGUUGGCCCUGGGCCCCGCUGACAGCAGUUUGGGCACUGGGGAUCAUGGGAGCCACAGCGCUGCGGAUUGGAGCCUUCAAUGUUCAGAGCUUUGGAGACAACAAAGUGUCAGAUCCAGACUGUGGCAGUGUCAUAGCACAGAUCCUGGCCGGCUAUGAUAUCGCCCUGGUGCAAGAGGUACGAGACCCAGACCUAAGUGCAGUGUCCUUGCUCAUGGAGCAAAUUAACAGAGUGUCCAAGCACGAGUAUGGCUUUGUGAGCAGCAAGCCACUCGGACGUGACCAGUACAAGGAAAUGUACCUGUUUGUCUACAGGAAAGAUGUAGCGUCAGUGGUGAGCACGUACCAGUACCCAGACCCAGAGGAUGCUUUCAGCCGGGAGCCUUUUGUGGUCAAAUUCUCAGUUCCUAGCUGUGCCGCCAAGGAGCUGGUGCUGAUCCCCCUCCAUGCAGCGCCACACCAGGCGGUGGCAGAGAUCGAUGCGCUCUACGAUGUGUACCUUGAUGUCAUUGACAAGUGGAACACCGAUGACAUGCUGUUUCUGGGUGACUUUAAUGCCGACUGCAAGUACGUGAAGGAGCAUGACUGGCCAUCGAUCCGCCUUCGAAGCAGUGAGGUGUUUAAAUGGCUCAUCCCAGACAGUGUGGACACCACAGUGGGCAACUCAGAUUGUGCCUAUGACCGGAUUGUAGUGAGUGGCGCCCAUCUGCGCAGGAGCCUGAAGCCCCACUCAGCCUCAGUUCACAACUUUCAGGAGGAAUUUGACCUAGAUCAGACCCAGGCUCUUGCCAUCAGUGACCAUUUUCCUGUGGAAGUGACUUUCAAGCCUCACUGACAGCCAAGGCCUCAGGAUAUGCCACCUGCAGACUAUUACCACAAGGAAUGGCACCACAGUGAAUCAUUCAGGUGGCAGGCCACCCACCCACUGAGGACACAGGGUAGGAUCAGCUGGCGUGGACAAUGGCUGUGAACACAUUACAGGAUUCCUUAAAGCUCCCAUUUCCUCAUCUGCAAGGUGAACUAACAUCACCUACCUCAUCGGGCUGCUGUGAGGAGAACCGAGCAGCGCCAGGCACAUAGCUGCAUGCUUAAUAAACAAGCCGCUCUUGGCCAGGACUACCCACAGGUUGGAUGGGGCCUCUGUGCUUUCUGAGACCUCUGUAUCGAGGCUGCAGAGCCUGGUCUUACUGUCCAGUAGGUCUGUUUCCAUUGUUGUUGUUGUUCACUUCUCAGCCUGGAGGUGCUGGCUCCUCCACACCAUGCCAGCUCCCUAUCCUUACUGCCUUUGUGCAAACUUCAAAUGCUUGCAUGAAUCAUCACCCAGUCACC